UCUCUAAGCAUGCUUGGCCGCUCAUAUCACAGCUGUUCGGAACACACUGCAAUUACAUAAAAUGACUAGCUCGCUUAUUCUGGCCGGACUCGGAGUAGCCGCUGUUGGAUUCGCUGGGAAGCAUCUGUUGCGCCGCAUGCCUCAGAUGACGACUAAAUUCAAUGAGGCGUUGAAGAACUUGCCGAAAUUCGAUGCGGAGAGCAUGGCGAACGCUAAAUAUUACAAAGGUGGCUUCGAUCCUAAGAUGAACAAACGGGAGGCAUCGCUCAUUUUGGGUGUCAGUCCAAGCGCCUCAAAAAUAAAGAUUAAGGAUGCGCACAAGAAAAUCAUGUUGCUCAAUCAUCCUGAUCGCGGCGGCUCACCGUAUUUGGCGGCAAAAAUCAACGAAGCGAAAGACUUUCUAGACAACGCCAAAUAAUCUGAAUACUUGCGGUCCAACUGCUCCUGUACAUACAUUCAUAAAAUCGUCGGUAGAAAGUUAAAACUGAUACAUUCUAGAUGUCCCCUUACCAUUGUAUCAAAAAGCGGAGCGUAAAGUGUCCCAUUAAUUAUAGAUAGCAAUAACGAACAUAAUUUAAUUUAAAAGCUUUGUGUUUGAAACGACAAUUAGCAACUAACCAACGACUAAUUUAUGAUUUUGUAUCAUUAUUAUGUUUGUACGAUAAAAUUGCCAUCUAGUUCGCUACAUAAAAAGGCUUUUUGUGUAAUCUAUGCCAAUCAAUUUUUAUACAAUAGAAAAUUGUUUACGUUCUUUAACAACCGAUUUGUCAGUACAAAGAUAAACUUUUUUUUAUUAGUUGGAAAUUUAGGUAAACUAUAGAGUGCAUUCUACAAAGAUCCCAACUGUAUUAUAAGUCGUUUAAAGCGUCCCAACAUUAUCCGUUUUGUUAUUUUUGUUCCCCCUAAUGCAUUAAUUACGAACGCUUAUUAGAUGUGAAUCACUUCUUUAAUAAAUCAAAAAGCAAAUUCCUGAA